AUGAACACAUCAUAUUUUCAUGCUUGUUUGAAAAAGCGCAGAGCUGAAAAUGGUAUUGCAACCUAUAUCACUGAACAAGGCAGAUUGAUAGAUUAUUUUCAUGAUGUAGUCUCUCACUUUGUGGAGCAUUUUAGAAGCUAUUUGGGAAGUCCGAGUUCAGCCACUGGUUGGAUUGAUUUACGUUGUAUUGAGAUGGGUGCCAAGCUUUCGGUUGAUCAACAACUUAUUCUUUUGAAACCCUUCACUCAUAAGGAAAUUCGAGACGCUCUAUUCAGGAAUUUUCCUUCUGAGCUUCAUGAAACUACUCUGUCUUUGGUCCCUAAAGUUGUUCUUCCUGAUCUCAUUCAACUGAACCAAGGAGCCUUUAUUCAGGGUCGAUCCAUUGCUCAUAACAUUAUGAUAUUCCAAGAUCUCAUCGAGAAUUGUGGGAGGACCUCUACUUCGCCUAGAUGUGCUAUUAAGAUAGACUUAAGCAAUGCUUGUGAUACAGUUGAUUGGCAGUUUCUUGAGGAUCUUUUAAAGGCUUUUUGCUUUCCUAUGAAGUUUAUAGGAUGGAUUAUGAGUUCAAGGCAGUUUCAAGGGCGAGAAAUGGGGUGUCAGGGUGAUCCUAUGUCUCCUCUUUUGUUUGUGCUUAUCAUGGAAUAUCUUACUCGGAGCCUUCAAGUAGCAGCUCACAAGUCUACAUUCAGAUUUCACCCCAUGUGUAAAAGUCUUAUACUUCUUAAUCUUUGCUUUGCUGAUGAUUUGAUUCUAUUUUGCAAGGGAACUCUUUCUGCUAUUAGAGUUUUCAAAGAGGUUCUUGAGGAGUUUAGCGCUGCUACAGGGCUUUCUAUUAAUGCUAGUAAGUCUCACAUUUUCUUUGGAGUUAAUGCUGCUGAGAGAAGGAAUAUCACUCAAGAGAUUUAG